AUGCAACGUCGGUCUACGGCGCGGACGACGCCGCGGAAGAAGUAUACUGUUGAUGCUUUUGAAGGCGUGCCUGAGCUAGCUGAUGUUGUUGGUGAUGAGGACGAAGAUGCUGCUGUGGCUGAUGAGCCGGGUGAUGUCGAGGAAGUGGACGAAGAUGCUUUAGAACUGGAUGAAGCUAGCGACAGUGAUGAACUGAACCAGGAGAACGAGGACGACGAGGACGACGAGGUUAGCGAAACUGAUGAAGUCGAUGAUGAAGUCAACGAAGGCGCGCCACUUGAGCCGGACGAAUUGAGGACUGAGACGAGAGCCCAUCGUAUACGACAGGACAGAGAUACUUCCCACGUCACCGCUGCAAAACGUCUCUGGGCUCGGGAUCUAACACUACCGAGUCGGCAGAAGGACUCUGAAGGCUAUGGCGGAUUCCACCACAAUUUUGCUUCGGGUGAUGAAGCCCGAGAGCAACGGGCUCUGGAUGGCUGGAAGUGGUAUGUCGAUUCUGGUGGCAAAGAAGCUUUCGCUGCUCAUCAAAAAUUGGAGAUCGUCACCGCCGAGGAAGCUGUUCAGUAUCUGGGUGCUCCACAGGCGUGUGGCUUCGUCAUGGGACCGAUAGAUGAACAGAAGUUGUUCCAUCUGGAGCCACGGCAGAGUAUAGGCCUUGGUACCAUCUGGCGAGAUGCGAGUCCGCAGGGUAGUGGUAUGGACAGCGAGGUCCCACCCGGAACGAGGUCUGGGUUCAUUGUCAACCUUGGCGCUCGUGUACGGAGCCUUGAGUGGGUGCCAAGUCAGAUAACUGAAUAUCAGUACCUGAGCAUUAUUGUAGGGGAAGAUGCAAAUGACGGUCUAAAUGCGUAUUCACAGGGAGCACCAGGCGAUAAGGACCUGAGGUGUGCUGUCCAGAUAUGGGGGCUCAUGAACGACACGAACGGCCGAAUUGACAAUGCCAUGCAGCCAAGCUUAGUACUUGUGUUGUGUCUUCCAUUCGCCAGUAUCCAUACGAUCAGAUGGUGUCCGAUACCAUGUCCAGCUGCUACUGAGACUCUAGGUCUUCUGGCUAUUGUCCCCGGUGACAGCAAGCUGCGUAUCGUAGAUGUAACAUCGAUAGAGAGUGGCGAUACGGUGGAGUAUCGACUUCUACGAGACACGAGCUUUCAAAUGUCAGUGAAAGACAGCCUAUGCACUUGUGUGUCUUGGAUGAGUCCAACCUGUAUCGCAGUCGGCUACUCGGAUGGAAACGUACGGAUAUGGGAUCUGGACAGGGUGACUUUGACCUCACCUGGUGGCAGUCAACCGAUCGUGACGAUCCGGGCGCACAACAGCUAUGUAGCUUCGAUACUGGCCACAUCACUGCUUUCGCCAGCAGUCCUUGUCACAGCUGGCAUAGACGGCAGGAUCAAACAUAUCAGUCUCGAGGGCGAGAAGCCCAAGACAACGUCCGUGAAAGUGCAGAAAAAUAAUUUGACCAUGCCAUCUCUGAUAUACCACGAAUUCCUGGAUCGGAUGUUGUCUUUCGGCGAUGACAAUAUCGUUCAGUCAUAUACUGUUACAGCUUUCAGUCAAUCGUCAAAAGCGAUCGCAAAUGUAGGAGGGCUCAUCACGACCAUAGCAACCAGUCCCUGCCACCCAUACAUCCUAAUCGGAACCGCCAACGGCGAAGUCCUCACCACGAACCCCUUACAAGACGGUCUCCGAUCGCGCCAAGGGCCAUGGCAGCAGAUGUGGUUCCAGCACGAGUGGCGCAGGCCGAAGGGAGAUGAGGUAAGCGCAGGGUUGAGCAGGAUAUUGGAGGGCUUUAAAUCUGAGCACGUGCCUGUUAGUCGGUCGACUGGGUUUGUGCUGGCGGAGGAGAAGACGGCGAUAACGGCCAUUGCGUGGAAUCCGGAUAUACGAUGUGGUGGGUGGGCGGCUGUGGGUAUGGGUGGUGGAUUGGUAAGGAUUGAAGAUAUUGCGCAGUAA